GGACACGACUGAAGAAAUGACUACUAUAUAUAUACAGCAUGCUUUGGCUUUCCUAAAUGAAAAGUUUAGGCAUUUUAGCUCUGGCUUCAUUUCAAGGAAGCUAAACAAGCAUAACAAUCAUUUAGUACCAACAUACAGGGAGCUUGCAAAAUUCAACCCAUCAGCCUUUGAUAGGGUUAAGUCAAUAUUUUUGGGGACACCCAACAGGACUGAUGUAUUUGAUCCUCCUGCUAAAAUGGACAAAGCCUUCUUCAUGGAAAGAUUUUACAUUGAAAAUGAACUUUGUAUAUUAAAUUUGAUAGCUGAUUUAGAAAUUACUAGAGAAAUAGAAAUAAGCCAGGCGGUGGAAAACCAAAGUGUUCAAGUGUGCAGUAAAUGCUCUCAACAUUGUUUAAUCAAAGAUUCAAUUUGCUGCGCUGGUGGACAUAUUAUCUGCAGAAUUUGCAUGGACAAUUACAUGGCAGCAUCUGUCCAUAACAGCAUGACACGGCUAGUUUGCCAGAGUCCUGGGUGUAAUAAUACAAUUCCAGUUGUUAAGUUUAAACUACUAGGGACCUCAAAGCUUUAUAAAACAUUGGAGAGACUGGUCCUAAAGGCCAACCUUCAAGGUCUGGUAGGGUGCCCUGUCUGCUUCUAUUUAACGGAAGAAAUCAAUUGCUCCAGUAAAAGGUUCUCCUGUCAGAAUCCUGACUGCUUAAGAGAUUCUUGCAUGGAUUGCAAGAAAAUGUGGCAUGAACCUUUCAAGUGUGGUGUGGUCUUUCAGGCAACCCAAACUUCAUCCACGUCAAUAAGCUCUGGUGAAUAAUGAAUCUUAUUUUUAAAU